AUGACCCACAGUAGUAGCUCCUUCGGGGAGAUCCUCUCACCUCGAGACGCAGCCCAGUUGAUCAACCUUGGCCUCGUCAAUCUUCCCAACCCGCCUAAUGGCUCUAUCCAAAUACACAAGCGCCGACUCAAUCGCACAAGCGAUGUAGAGAACAGGCACAUUCCUCUCGACGUCAAUUUCGGAUCGCGCCCGGAUGCUUUUGCGACUAUCCCGGAGAUGCUCAUCUCCAAAGCUACUAUUGAGUAUGUCGGGUUUAACAGCGACAAAGCCACCGAGAUCUGGAGCGGCUGGGUUAACUGGCCACGGGGCUUCAUCAUUCGCGAGACUGACCCUGACCGUUCGAACACUCUUGAGGUCUCGUUCCUUGACUGGAUGGAGCGUCAUACUGGGAAUCCCUGUUCAGAUGAUAUCUGGGAGGACGACAACUCGGCCUGGUUCCGCUACAUGGAGCAGUGCGGUAUCGCAACUGAGCUCCAGCAGAGUAUCAUGGACCCUCGUUUCAAGGACAUGCGGUUAACCGGCACUUGCAUUGGCUGGCUUCGGAAUACCAUGGAAAUUCGUUACCGGGGGCUCGAGGAGAUACAGCGAGCUUCUGCUGAGCGUGAGAAAGCCCUUGGGCUACAGAGGACUUCUACCCGGCCCCAAAGACCAAGUGGAUUAGCGUCAAGAGAGAUAGACACACUCGCGCGGCCAUCAAGCAUUCCAGGAUAUACCAUGCUCUACAAAGCGGUAGAUCAAGCACGAAUCAACGGCCUCUUUGAUCAUCAGGGCUCUAUCGACGGAAUCGGGUCCCUUCUAUCUCCUACCGACUUUAGCAGAACCAAGAUCAUGUACUGCUUCACUCCCGACCACAGCCUGGCCAGGAAACAAGCUGCGUGGAUAAAACGACGAGGGCCACCCGCGCUUAUAGUGCAGAUUGCAGUCCAAGAUAGCGCAAUCACAUCCAUGGACCCCGAUGAUAUACAAUGCGCUUUCUGGCCGAAUUCGAAUUGGCGGGAGCUCGUUUGGCAUUCCCGCACAAAAAGAAGGUUUCCCAAUGAGCUCAAGAAGUAUAAUGACGCCAUCCUCAUCAUCGGAACAAUCGCCAAUAGACCUAGUGCAUACUAUGAGCAAAGGUCACCUACAGACCUUACCACUGAGGCUUGUGUUGUCCGAAUCCGAGGACCUAACAAGGGCGGGGACCGAACAGCAGUGCAGUAUGUGUUCUCACCUGAAGACGAGGGGGAGACUUUCCUUGAGGAUCAAGCGAGAAAUACGAUGAAGAUUUUCCAUUUCGGGACACCUGAGCUGGAGAGUUGGGCCAAGGAAAAUAGCAGGUUCAAUUAA